CCUAAUCAAAAUAUAGAUAAGUUGACUAGUUUAAUAAUUAAUUAAAUUUGAAUGGAAGAAUUACAAAAAGGAGAUGUAAUAGCAGAAGAAUAUGAAAUAAUUAAUCAAAUAUCAUAAGGAUCUUUUGGAAAAGUUUAUUUGGGAAAAUCAAAACUAAAAAAUUUAGAUGUUGCAAUAAAAGUUGAAAAAAAUGAAGUUGCUCAUUUAAAUAGUUUAUAGAAAGAGGUUUCAUAUUAAAUAAUACUUAGGUUAGAAUAUUGAAAUAAUUGGAAGGAGUUGAACAAAUUCCAAUAGUACUUUGGAAUGGAUUUUAUAAAGGGAUGGAUAUGAUAAUUUUAAAUAUGCUUGGCAAAGAUUUGAUCUAUUUUUUUCAUAAAUUAAAGCAUUUCUCUUAUUAGUGUGUGUGCAAUAUAGCUAUAUAAAUGAUUGAAAUUUUAGAGCAAAUCCAUAAAAAGUAUAAAUCACAAUAUAAAUUUAAGAAAUAUUGUUCAUAGAGAUUUGAAACCAGAAAAUAUUUUAGGCUCACCAAAUUCUUCAAAAAUAUAUUUAAUUGAUUUUGGUAUAGCUAAAGAUUUAGAGUAAAAUAAAAAAUCUAAAGAUAAAUUAUCAUUUAUUGGAACAACAAGGUAUGCCAGUUUAGCUGCUCAUUUGGGUGUUGAAUAAAAUAAAAAAGAUGAUUUAGAAUCAUUAGGAUAUAUACUUAUAUUCUUUCUUAAUAAAACUCUACCUUGGAUGAAUAUAGAUAAAGAUGAUAUCUAUAGAAUCGAAAAGAUUGGAUAAAUGAAAUAAGAAAUUAGUUUAGAAUAAUUAUGUUAAAGUCUUCCAAAUGCAAUAUUAAAGUACUUGUUAUAAUAUUUAGAUAUAUGAAAUAUGUUAAAUAAUUGGGGCAUAAAUAAAAACCUGAUUACUAAUCAUUAAAACAUUUAUUUUUAGUUGAAAAUCAAAAAAAUGGAUAUAUUAUUUUUGAUUGGAAUAAAAAGGAUAUAUAGGAAUAAAAAUUUAAAUCUUCAAAAUCUUUAAAAUCUUUAAAUUAUAUCUAAAAUAAUAAAAGUUAAAUCAGCAAAAAAAAACAUUAUUAAUCUAUUUCUAAUAUUUAAAGAGAGAGUUAAGGAAAGAUUUAAUUUUAAAAUAAUUGUAAAACUUUUGGCUAAAAAGAAUCUAGUGAAGAGCACUCAAAUUCUAUAAAAUAAGUUUCUAAUUAAAAAAGCAUUUUUGUUGAUUAUUCUAUUAGUAUUGAAUAAACAAAAGUUUCAAAAUUUUCUUAAUAUAGAUAGAAGAGUUAGAAGAGUAUUUUUGGUAAAAAACACUAAAAAAGUUAAUAGCUCUAAGAAUCCUCAAUAAUUCCUAUUUAAUCCGAAUAAUAAUUAUACGAAAUGGAAGAAUCAGAUUUAGAAUUAAAGUAUAAUUUAUUACAUUAUACUUCUGUAUUCUAUAAUUAUAAAAAUCCUAUAUAAGAGUUUAAAGUUAUCCAAUUUAGUUGA